UUCCCUAUUAUUUUAAUAAAUAGUGUACGUUAACAAACAACGUUUCAUUAAAAUAUAAAAUUUUAAAUUACUUACAACAUAUUAUAAUUUUUAAAAUAAAAUGACGACAAAAACUGAGUCCGUACCCACCGCCAAAAACGAGGGACCUAGUGAAAACUUCUCAUUCAUUCCUAUGCUGUACAACUUUCGAGUGUCACCACCACCCGGACACAAUAAAACGUUUUCACUUCAACAGCCGUUCGCAACCCUAUUCGACAACCUAAUCACAGUACUGUGGUCGGUGUACGGCAAAAAAUCAAAAAUUCAAAUUGGCGUCAAUCAAUUACAAUGGGCGUUGGAAUUCUUGAGAUGCAUGAAGGUGGACUAUGGUUACCCAGAUAGCAUAACGAAAAUCGUUGGAGAGCUGGAAGAACAACUGAUAUCACUUUAUGCCAAGGUUGGCGAAAAAAUGCAAGAAAAUAAACGAAAAAAAGAUUUAGAGCAAAUAGAAAAAGACGUCAGCGAAAAAAACUCAAAAAUUUCAAAUAUUGAAAAACCUACAACGGACAUUUUUAUAUCAUUUAAUGAAGAAGAUAUAAUGGGAAAGCUAGAUGUGAUUAAAGUAAUAAUAGAUCCAGUCUCUGGCGAAGCAAAAUACCUAAAAGAAUUAAAUUCAUUGGGGAAAAGGAAACAAAAACCAAUAGACCCGUGCGCUAACGAUAAAAAACAAACAAAAAAUUACAUGAUUGGUGCCUUACAGAAGAUUCUAAGCAAAACAACGGAACCAGAUACUAAAAACGGAGUCGAAGAAUUAAUUAAAGGUCUUAAAGUGGACAACUCGACAUCCAAAAAACCAUAACAUAUGAUAUUGAAGGCACUACAUCAUAAUGUAAUAUAUUUAUUUAUAUUACUUUGAACUUGUAAAAGUAAUACAUUACUUCAGAGAUUUUUAUCGUAAUGAAAAAUAAAAUUGUCAACUAUAAAAUUUUUAUACAUA